GUGGAAAGGAAACGGUCAGCACUACCAGUCAGCACUACACCCUUCAGUGACCCUUGCCACUCCCUGAAAUCAAGUCGACCAGAAGAGAGGUACAGGUACCUGAGAUCCAGAGAAAUUUUGCUUUCUAUCUUCAAUUUUGCCGGAUCUAUCCCAAUUUCUCAAGAUGGCAGCCGAAUUAUUAUUUUCCAAAGAGAAGAUAGCAGUACUCAAGGGAAAAUUCUCCGAGCUUGAAAAUGACGAUGGAUCCAUCGGUGUUGGGAAGUUGGAAGAAUUGAUGACAUCACUGGGAAAGUGCUUUCCUCAGACUGAGCUUAGAAAAAAGAUCAAUAAGGUUGGAGAUGAUGGUAACGGAACUAUUACAUUUUCUGAGUUUUUGACGAUACUAGCAGGUGAGACGGAUUGGGCAUAUUCACAAUACCGCACUGCUUUCAACGCCAUGGACAAGAAUAAGGACGGAUUCCUCAGCGCUGACGAGCUGCGUGAAGCGAUGUCAACCAUUGCUCAACCGAUGACGGAUGAACAAAUCGAUGCCUUUAUCAAGAGAGCCGACUAUAAUGAGGACGGUAAAUUCGACAGAGAUGAAUUCACUAUGAUGGUUCUUGAUGAAAUGGUUCGUUUUUGAUCAUUGAACUCUUCUACUUCAACGUCGAAAAAGUGUCCUUUUCUUCUUCUUGAGGACUCCUCGGGAGAGGGUUAUAUAAUCGUCUCGUAUCAGAUUGUUCAUAUGUUCCGGUGAAUUUUUUGUUAAGCUGUCACUUUUGUUUGUUUGUCUUUUUCAAAGAGUGCUUCGAAUUUCAAUUCACUUUAUUUCUUCACAUUUUGUCAUUAUACCCAGGGUGCUUUUAUAACUUUUGUGUACUCCUUCAGGUAUAAAUGUUGCUUUUUUUUCUUUAUUCUGAAAGCCAACUAUUGGUAUUGCAUUAUGAUACAUUUGACAUCAUAAUUUUGUUUUUUUCGUGUGUAAUGUAUUUCGUGCCUGCGGUUAGGAUGGAGUUUAAACACCAAAGAAUAACCAUGUCCAAAAAGUGCCAUGGUACACAAGGGAGAAGAGGAAUUUAAACUUUCUUACAUUAAUUCAUAAUGGUCUUUCAUGUGAAGGUGUUGAGAUUUAUUCACUUGACUCAUCGCAUUAAAUUGAAUGGUUUAUUGAGCAUACUGAAAAUGGCAGCACGAAGGCUAAAUAACAUUUAUUUUACAAUAAAAGCACCUAAAACAAAUAGCAAUGUUGAAACAGUUAGUACAUAACACUUGCAAGAAUACAUUCAAAGAUUAAAUUAAUUAGAUAAAACGUUAUGACAAAACCCCCUCUCAAUCUGGACCUCUAGGAAGAUCAGAGCUAUUUAAGUAAUGGCCCUAAAUAGAGCUAUUUAUCCGUAUCAUUUUUAAGUAAUUAUAUUUAGUUGUUAUGUUCAGGUGUAUGUAAUAUGUUUUUAUACGGAAAAUGAAACCAAACCAAACCAAACCACUCCAAGGGUUGAGAGCCCGGGACUAACGUCCUUUGACAAGGCAUUAAUCCACAUUUGCCACUCUCCACCCAGGUGUUAAUGGGUACCUGGCAAUUACUGAGGUAAUGAUCAUUGCAGGGCCUGCAGGAACAGCAGUAUUUAUACUGAUGUUGUUAGCCUGAGUUAACCAAAAUUACUAUCAAUUUUAUUAUUAUUAUUAUUGUUAUUUUCAUCAUUUUAUGGGGAUAUCACAGUGAAGUAGAUAAAAUGGGUAUGUUGUAAACAAUUAUAUACGGUGACAUUUAUAAUCAUGCAUUUUUCACUAAAUAAAACUUUGCUAAAUAAUA